CUUGGAACCCUGUUCAGCUUUUGUCUUCAUUCUUUUUGCUUGCUGCAGGAGGUUUUCUCAGAUUCACCUCCAUAUUUAUAGCCUGUUUCAGAAGACAAAUGAAUUAAAAGAGGUUGAAUUCGAGAUGAGUUUCCAGGCUUUUGUCAAGUUUGCAUUGAUAUGCUUUGAUGCUCUUGCAUGGCCUCUCUUUGCUUUGGGUUAUCCAUUACGUGCUUCUAUUCUUGCAAUUGAGGAUAAUUCGAUCACUGACACCAAGAAAUUGGUCACCUACUGGGUUAUCUUCUCACUUAUUUCCCUGUUUGAACAUGCUUUCAUGGGCAUGCUUCAAUGGCUACCAUUCUGGCCGUACAUGAAGCUAACGAUCGUCUGCUGGAUGAUGAUACCACGGUUCGAUGGUGCUUUUUAUGUCUAUAACCACUUUAUUCACCCAUGUCUUUAUAUAGACAUGCAAACUAUCAUUAAUUGGUUCAAGAAGCAGCAGGAGUUCGUUUUGAAGGACAAUUUUCUGGCUGAGGCAGAUAGAUAUGUUAAGGCACAUGGACCUGAAGCUUUGGAGAAACUUAUUGCUAGCAAGGGCACAGAGCCUAGCAUAUUGCAGAAAGACAUAAAACCUGUACAAGUAACGGAGAAAAGGGAAGUUGCUCCAGUGAACUUGGUUCCUGAAACAGAGCCCAAUAAUGCUCUGACAGUGAACAAUAUUAUUACAGGUCCCAGAAUCAAGGAAGCAGCAGUUUGCCAUCCUCCUGAGAUACCUUCAGAAAAGCAAGUUCAGAAGGAGUGGACCUGUGCUAUGUGUCAAGUGACAACCACAAGUGAGAAAACCUUGAAUAGCCAUCUCCAAGGAAGACGACAUAGGAAUGCUUCUGAGGAGCUAAUGAAGGCAAAGAAUCAGCCUUCCAAAGGCAAAGUUUCUUUUGCUUCAGUGGUUUGGGAUAAGAAUUCUGAUCUUCCCCAUAAUGAACCUCAGAUACAUGCUUCCAGCACUAGUAUUCAGGCAAGCCAAAAGAUGCAGCAAACCUCAGUGUCUAAGAACUAUGAUCUUCCCAGAAGUAAUACAUCCACAUCCAGCAAAGCGGUGAAUCCUGAAGCAGGGACAAGCAAAUCUAAUCUGCCCAAAGAGGAACCAAAGAAAUCAUUACCAAACAAAACGGCAGGAAAUAAAGAAAAACCAAGUGAAAAGGUACAAGGCGAGCAGCAGGCUCAGAAGAAAGAUGCUGAAAUUAAAAUUCCUCAAUUUUGGUGCACCAUUUGUAAAAUAAGAUGCAAUAGUUCAGAAGACUUGAACUGUCACCUUUGGGGAAGGAAACACUUAGCCCGGAUUCAACAACUGGAUAGUCUUGGACGAGGCAAGCUUGCUUGAGUUACUGGUGUCGUUUGUGUACUUAAUCUUGAAAUCUCCACCGAUGUAUCGUUUAGAAAGCUAACCAUGAGACGAUGUCUCUAUCUUAACGGUUUUUCUUUAUCCCAGGGCUUUCUUAGUUUUCAGCAUGUAAUGCAGAAAUUGAUCGUAUCGCCUAAAAAGGUUAGCUUGGUAAUGUAGUGGAUUGUUUCUGAGUUUUCUUGUUACACAAAUCAUCCUCUUGCAUGUAAUUGAUCUGAUCCAUCAGUCUGUGAAUGAUAAACCAAAUAAGUAAAACAAAUUAGUUUUGAAAACAUUAAAUCGCAAAUCGAUUCGUGAAAGAUCUGCUUUUACGAUUUAGAUAUGUAUGAUAAUCAUGAUGUUACUCUGGGCGAUAAACUUCCAUUGUUUCAUGUG